AUGCAACAAGAUCCACCUAGUGGAGUAUCUGCAUCACCAUUGCCUGAUAAUGUGAUGAAAUGGAAUGCUGUUAUUAUAGGACCAUCAGAUACACCAUUUGAAGAUGGUACAUUUCGAUUAAUGUUACAAUUUGACGAACAAUAUCCUAAUAAACCUCCACAAGUUCGAUUCAUAUCUGAAAUGUUUCAUCCAAAUGUAUAUGCAAGUGGUGAAUUAUGUUUGGAUAUUUUACAGAAUAGAUGGUCUCCUACUUAUGACGUGAGUUCUAUCUUGACAUCAGUACAGUCCUUGUUGAAUGAUCCUAAUAUUUCAUCCCCGGCCAAUGUCGAAGCGGCCAAUUUAUACAAGGACCAUCGUUCACAAUACGUGAAAAGAGUAAGGGAGACAGUUGAAAAUAGUUGGAAUGACGAAGACGAAGACGAGGAUGAGGAUGAUGAAGAUGAAGAUAACAUAGACCAGGAUUAA